AUGCCGUGGGACGAGUUCAAGGUGACUUUCGACAAGCUGUGCGUGUGCCCAAAGCCAACCAGUUCAGAGGUCGAGAGCGGGCCAUCGACAAUUCCGCUCCGCAGGGGGCCGGAAGCAGAGCUUGAUCUCUGCUUGAGCCUUACGAAGAUGGCCCCGGUUCCACUGCGUCGCGAGCUUCGCCAGGUCACAGUAACCUUCGACCCCUACGUGACAAUGCCCAAGUUCCUGGAGGAUGGAACUUUGGAGACGCGGCUCAGGUGGGAGGCCUCGAAACCCGGGCAUCUCCAGCAGCUGCUAGAAGCCAACAAGAAUAAUGGCCGUGGACCUUCUUCGAGCUAUGCGAUGCUUCAGCGCAUGGUGGAGGCUGAAGGGCUUGCGGCGGCGCUGGGUCCUACCGGAUGUUACCAGGCCGGCCACUGCCGCUGGCGCCCAGUCCCCCGGCAGUCGCUGAAGCAGCGCCUGGCCGAAGUCGAGGCUAAGCGCGCCUCCAGCUGGCUGCCCUCCAACCCCGUCACUGACGCAGCUGAGGGCUGUGUGGUGUCGUAG